CGUAGCAAAAUGUCUGGUCGGGGCAAAGGCGGUAAAGGACUCGGAAAGGGAGGCGCUAAGCGCCAUCGGAAGGUGCUUCGCGAUAACAUCCAAGGUAUUACCAAACCGGCUAUUCGUCGUUUGGCUCGUCGUGGCGGUGUCAAGCGUAUUUCUGGGUUGAUCUAUGAAGAGACUCGUGGCGUGCUCAAAGUUUUCCUAGAAAACGUGAUUCGGGAUGCUGUCACUUACACUGAACAUGCCAAGCGCAAGACUGUGACAGCCAUGGACGUGGUUUACGCUCUGAAGCGCCAGGGCCGCACUCUGUACGGAUUCGGGGGCUAAGCCUCCGACUUAGCUUUAAAACCA